AUGACUGGAUCUUAUGAUCGCGCAUCAACUGUUUUUUCGCCAGACGGACAUUUAUUUCAAGUUGAAUAUGCUUUAGAAGCUGUGGGAGUCCGUGGUGAAGAUUGUGUUGUUCUUGGUGUUGAAAAAAAAACAGUUCUUAAAUUACAAGAUCCACGCACUGUACGAAAGAUUGUCAUGCUAGAUGAUCACGUAUGCAUGGCAUUUGCUGGUCUUAGUGCAGAUGCAAGGGUUCUUGUUAAUAAAGCUAGAAUAGAAUGUCAAAGCCAUAGACUUACUGUUGAAGACCCCGUAACUGUUGAAUAUAUUACACGUUACAUUGCAGGUGUUCAACAGGUAUGUGGUUAUAGUAUUUAUAAUAUAUUAAAUACUCGCUCAGUUAGACAUUAUGGUGGUGUACGUCCAUUUGGUAUUUCAACACUUAUUAUUGGAUUUGAUGCUAAUGAUAAAGUACCAAGACUUUAUCAAACUGAUCCAUCUGGCAUAUAUUCAGCAUGGAAGGCAAAUUCAAUUGGAAGAAGUUCAAAAACUGUUCGUGAAUUUUUGGAAAAAAAUUAUAAGGAAGGGUUUAUCAAAAGAUGA